CAUUCAGUUAUUGAAAGAAAAAAUCAAUAUGAAGCUGAUAGAUUUGAAUUUACAGAAGAUGGAAUAGUUAUUGACAGUCUUGGUAGUAUACAGAAUGAUGAAUUAAAUAAUGUAAUAGUUUGCUCAGAUCCAAAAGAAGGACCAGUUUCUCUAGGUGAAAAGUCUACA